AUGCCUGAUUAUCCACCUACGUGAGUCGAUCAUCAUUGGCCGUGACUGUAACUGUGGAUACAGGCCGUACAUCACACUUGAACUGACUCGAGCCUGCACAUUGCCACGUUCCAUACUCGCUCGGUCCACGUCCGUGGCCGUUCUUCAGCAUCCCGGCGCUCCACGUCACCGAGCCUAGUUUAGCAGUCCAGAGCUCUGGCGGUAUGCCUAUGAUGGUCGAAGACGACAAUAAGGACGUCCCUUGGGACGUCGAGGAGGAGAUCACGUACGAGCAAGUCAAAAAAUGGAGCGAGGAUACCGAAUCGGUGAGUCGAGUUCCUGUUUGCGGAGGCACUACGAGGGAACGAUUGCGAACACCGCCGAGCUUCGGGGUAGGAGGGCAUCCUUUUUCGAAAGAAUUCGUGGGUAGCUGAUCCCGGUUCUAUUGCUCUUGUUAGGGAGUUAUUCUCAUUGGUUAGUCGAUUGACUCCGGCUCGUCCCGCCUCAGCUCGCUCUUAUCGUGUUAUCAUCAACCCCCUCGGCAUCAAAGUUAGGAGGCCGACCUUUCCCCGAUCCCCGAGACUGACCGAGGGGUCUUGUCUUCACCCAUGGACAGACGUUCGAGAAGCACCCGAUUUUGAGAUCGGCCACAUCCCCCAUUCCAAGAACCUCCCUUUAUCCAUCUUCGAACAAGCCCUUUCCAAAGAUCAAGGUGCGUUUGAGGGUGCCUUACUCGUCCACGAUCGAUGCGCGAUGAGACCGACCUCACCGAACCUCGGGCUGUGUCAUCCCUGCAGUUGAUUUUGUGCGGACCUAUGGAUUCCCCAAACCUGGCAGCGAGGAAAAGAUUGUUCUGUAUUGUCGUUCGGGCAGAAGGAGUACGAUCGCGGCUGACUUGGCCAGUGGUGCAGGCUUUUCGAGGUGAGUUGGCCGGUCCCGUGACAGCACGGAGGGAGUCGCUGAUGAUAUUGAACGACCUGGAUCGACAUCCAUAGAGUAAGGAACUACAAAGGAUCUUGGCUCGAAUACGAAGCCAAGUCGGGUGCUCAGGCCGGUGCUGCCAAAUCGGCAUGA